GAAAAUCUCAUCGUCUCCUUUGCUACGCCCUCGCCAUUGUUGGUUGUAGAUCGCUUUCUCACUAACCCUAAAUACGUAGAGAGAUCAGGUGCCUGAGAAACAAACGAAUCAAUCAUGGAGUACGCUGCUCGUAGAAAUCAGAAAGGCGCUUUCGAGGGCUUUUACAAGCUUAUCAUGCGCCGUAACUCCGUCUACGUCACUUUCAUCAUCGCCGGCGCAUUUUUUGGCGAACGGGCUGUGGAUUACGGUGUUCAUAAGCUGUGGGAACGCAACAACGUUGGGAAACGGUACGAAGACAUCUCUGUGUUGGGUCAAAGGCCAGUAGAAGAAUGAGAUUUACUCCUUUUUUUAAUCUCUCAGACCAAAAGCAAGAAAUGGAAAUUUCCAUGUUGUUUUGCAUUCUACCAAGUCUCUCUUUCUAUGUUGAAUAAAAUAUAAAAUCAUUGGGAUGAUUAAUACUUCACCUAAAGCUUUUUGGUUCUGAUUUAAUUGAAUUUUUGCAUUGUGGAAUAUGAUAACAUUGUCAUCAUAAGUCGUCAUUUGGCAUUAUAAUUAA